AUGUUCAUUGACCCUAUAUCAGGGGAUGCUAUGUUCAUUGGCCCUAUGUUCAGUGGUUCUAUAUCAGGGGAUGCUAUGUUCAGUGGCCCUAUAUCAGGGGAUGCUAUGUUCAUUGGCCCUAUAUCAGGGGAUGCUAUGUUCAGUGGUUCUAUGUUACGGGAUGCUAUGUUCAGUGGUUCUAUAUCUGGGGAUGCUAUGUUCAGUGGUUCUAUAUCAGGGGAUGCUAUGUUCAGUGGUUCUAUAUCAAGGGAUGCUAUGUUCAUGGUUUUAUAUCAGGGAUGGGAUGCUAUGUUCAUUGGCCCUAUAUCAGGGGAUGCUAUGUUCAGUGGUCCUAUAUCAGGGGAUGCUAUGUUCAUUGGCCCUAUAUCAAGGGAUGCUAAUUUCAGUGGUUCUAUAUCAGGGGAUGCUAUGUUCAUUGACCCUAUAUCAGGGGAUGCUAUGUUCAUUGGCCCUAUGUUCAGUGGUUCUAUAUCAGGGGAUGCUAUGUUCAUUGGCCCUAUAUCAGAGGCUGCUAAGUUCAGUGGCCCUAUAUCAGGGGAAGCUAUGUUCAGUCGCCCAAAUAUCAGAGCAUGCUAUGUUCAGUGGUUCUAUAUCAGGGGAUGA